AUGAUAAUAAAAGCAUAUGAUACAUUGAACCAUGCUAUAAAAUGGCAGUUCGAUAUUGACGGCACACUUAUGGUAGCUAGCAUUUUGACGGUUCAACUUUGUCCAAUGCUAUCCGUAUGUAUGAAUGGAGAUAGAUUACACAAAGAGGUGCUAUGGCUCCGGGAGAUGCUUGCUUGUAGACUCUACGAAGGCAGAUUAGAAAAAAGAGACCGGCGACCCGCGCAGGCCCUACUCACACUAACAGAAGCUCGCAAUCUGUCAUUUUCACUUUUCCACAUGUUCAACGUAGACCUAUCAUUUCCAUUCAAAAUGUUUAGCUUGCUUAUAACCUAUCUCAUUAUACUGCUACAGUUCGAAAAAGUUAAAAAUAACUCACUGAUAAAGCCAACACUACUCGAUUAA